AUACGUACAGUAUGGUACAUGUACAUGUACAGACACUUAGAGUGUCACAUCCUAUUUUAACCUGUCUACAGGUACCGGUAUACUGUACAUGUAGAUUAGCUGUAUUUACACUUGGAAGUUAUUUGGGGAAUGCCAGUUUUGAUUUGGAGCACAUCAAGGGGGCGUAGCAGUGAGUGGAGGGGUGCUUGGAGGGGUGCUUGGAGGGGUUCUCUGCCAUCAUGUUUUUCAUCACAAGGCCAUUGCGAAAGAUCACAUGGUUUUUACCCUUCUAUGGCAGGAGACAAGCACUGACAUUGAGUCAUCUGCUGUUCUACAGCACCCUCAUAGGAGCUGCGCUGCUUCUUUACACAUGGCCAGAGCAAGCAUUAGACACUCUGAGGAAGACCAACAUCAGAGAGUUUGGUUGCACUGAUAGCCAUGGGUGCACGCAGAGGGGCGGGGAUUAUCGGGAACCAGCCCCGCCCCUUCCCAGGAUAACAGCAGCAGUGAGUGUCAAUGCCACUACCAAGACUCCUCUAAUAGAGGAGAAGGUGAAACGACUGGAACCUAAGAAUUGGAAUGGCCAUGGAUACAUGCCUGUAUCUGGUGAUAAGAAGCCCCUUCGUCAUUGCAAGCAGUGUGCCCUCGUCACCAGCUCAGGGCAUCUUAGUGGUAAAGGGAUGGGCAAAACAAUAGACAGUUCAGAGUGCAUUAUACGAAUGAAUGCAGCACCAACGCUAAAUUACACAAAAGAUGUAGGAAGUAGGACUACAUUCCGUGUCAUUGGACACAGAAACUUUCCACGUAUGUUUGACACAGAAGCUGAGAGAAGACUCUAUUUUGUGAACACAACGACAAAGUCGGAGGCAAUCGUAGUACUUUGGCUGUACAGUGUGAAUGUGAACAGGAAUUUGGAGCUGAUUUUGUCGAGGAAGUUUGCUCAGAAGUACAAGGAUGUCUCGUUUUUUCUCACUAAACAAGAGAUCAUGAACAGGAAUGUGGAGCUGUUUUAUCAAGAAUUGGGAACAUCAAAAAGUAAAGGUCGUUUGUGGAUGUCUACUGGAUGGGUAGCUAUGCUGUUUGCACUGGAAGUUUGUGACUCUGUAGACGUCUAUGGGAUGAUCUAUGAUGAUUAUUGCAAAGAGCAUCCCAACGACCAAACCUACUACCACUACUUUGAUAAACUUCAGACGGAGUGCAAGUACUACGAGAAGAGCGAGAGGCGACUGACGUCUGGUCACAAGUUCAUGACGGAGAAGGUGGCCUUUGGCCGAUGGGCGUCCAUGUAUGACAUCCGCUUCCACACACCGACGUGGGAGAACCACAAGUACAAUCCCAAGGUCCAGAAAGAGACCGUCUUCCAGAAGGCUUAUAUGCAGUACAAAGAGAGGAUGAAUAACAGAUCAAAUGAGGAUAAAGUGAAUAGUUCUCUGGUGGUGCGUAAACCUGAGAACAACCAGAGAACUAAGACCAAAGAGGAGGUGAACAAUGUACCCCUAGAUACCAAGGGUGUCAGGACAGGUGAUGAGAAACAAGGCGCAGAGGAGGGCAUGGCGAUAUCAGAUCAUAAAGGUGCUUUAGAAGACGGUAUUAAAGAUGUUAAAGAAGAGGGAGUAGUGGUGGAGGAGGAGGAGGAGGAGGAGGGAGCUGAAGGAGAUGAGAGGGUGAGAGAACUCGAUGCUGAUUUGAUAGAGGAGCAUGUUCCUGAGGACCCUGCCGCAUAGGAUUCUGUCUGUCUGCUAGUUUAACAUCCCUCUGCAUUGGACAUCCUGCAGUUAUAUGCACAAUGACCUUCUGAUCGAACCACCCCUUUUUAUCAAUGCUGCAACAACCUGGUGCCAUACUGAUCGUCUAAUAUUACAAACAUCCUGGUGUUAGGGAUUAUUUAUGAAUGGGUAGAAAGCUGAAAACAAAUAAUGGAGAUACACAUUUAGCAGUUAAAAUAACAAUCAGAUUAUAAAUUGAACCUCACCUGUCAUGGAUACAAAUAGGUCUUUAAUGUGCAUUUCCUUAAAAGAUUAUUGAGUUUUCUCAGCACAGUAUUUAAAGGGAUUCAUUCUUUGAGUAGAAGUACCAGGUAAUGAAAAUCCCUCCAUUCGUAGCCAUGCAGUUUUCAAUAUUUAAGCCGAGUCAAUUUUGGUUCAAACUUCAGUUUAACUUCUAUAGAAUGAUACUGAAAUUGUGUAACUACAAUAAGAAUAAGAUUACUCCGAGAUUGGGGAAAAUGGAAGGAUCUAUCCUUUUAUUUAGUGUACGGAUGUGCUUUUUACAUGCAUAUAAACUUUUGGGGCUGGCCAUAUACAUCAUUGAAGUAACUAUAUAUAGCGAUAUACAUUUUGCUAUUGUACUAAAGGUGUAUGUU